AUGAGCAAGGAACACCAAGACGCACGAGACCAAUACGUCAGCAUGAUGGUACCUACCGUGUCUAUGUCUCCUCGUCGGCCUGUUGUGUACUUGGAUGAAAGUUUCAUUCAUCACCACUACGCACGUCAUGCCGACAGUCUCUUCUAUCCCGAUAGCAAGAUGACAAAGCCCAAGCACAAGGGACGCCGGUACUGUGUCAUCGCGGGCAAUCUUGACGACGGAUCGGACGCCGCACAUCUUCUGGGGCUAGACAUUUUUGUCGGUGGGAAGAAAAAUGGUAUGACUGUGAAGGACUACCAUGCUAUGUUCAACCAUGACUAUUUCGUUGAUUGGUUUGGCAAGCUCAUGGAUGAAGUUGAAAAACUUGGGUGGGCAAGCGCAGUGUUUGUGAUGGGCAACGCCAUACGGUUCAAACCAAAGUCGCCAUGA